UUAACCGCAUUGUCUGUGGCCCGGUCCGCGAACGCGAUCCUGACCCUUAACUCUGGGGAGGGACUCAUACAGAGAUUACGGCACUGCACACCAACAACAAAUCAGACAAGGACGCGGUGUGUGAAGGGGUUGGCGCUGCAGCAGCAGCAGCUGAUGAAUUAUUAAUCACGAGAAAAAGAGGGCAAAAAAGCGAGAUAAGAAAAAAAAGUGCACAAAAAGAGCAAAACAAGUAAACUUGCACAGAAAGAAUCGGAAAAAGUGCAAGAAAACUGGAAGAGAUUGUUUGUGUGUGUGUGUGUGGCACUGAACUGAACAGAGUUGCAUGUGGCCUCGUGAAAUGCAAUGCCACUGCUAAAAGUGUUGCAUAACAAAACGCAUAACCUGCAACUAGUCAAUAGAUCAGGAUGAAGUGGUUUGUAAUCCUGGCCCUCGCCCUGGUGGCGUCCGCUAGUGCCGGCGGCCCGGCCGCCUACUCGAUUGCCGCCCCGUCCGCGGACUACCACUCCGUCGGCGCCAGCCACGAGCACACCGUCAAGGGACUGUACGGCCAGAACGUGCUCUCGCAGUACUCGAAGGCCGUUGACUCGGCGCACUCGUCCGUCCGCGUGCACAGCUCGCGCCUCAGCAACGACGGGUUGGCGUACGCCCCGCACUACGCCGCCGCCGCCCACUACCCGGCCGCUCACUACGCAGCCCCAGCCCUCCGUUAUGCUGCCCCAGCUUAUGCCGCCCCAGCUGUCCACUAUGCCGCCCCGGCCGUGCACUACCCGGCUGCCCCGGUCGUUAAGGCCGCCUACCCCGCCUACGGACACGCCGCCUAUGGACAUGCCGCGUACGGACACGCUGCCUACGGUCAUGCUGCCUAUGCUCCGGCCGCGUACGGACACGCCGCCUAUGCCUCUCCCCUGGUCCGUCCGGCUCUGGCUGCCGCCCCGCUGGCUUACAAGGCCCCACUCGCCGCCGCCCACCCCGGAGCCGUGGUUCAGUUCGCAGGUCUGGGAGCCCAGUACGCCUGGUAAGAAGGAGCAGCACUACCUCCCCCUUAAGAACAAGGGCACUCUUCUUGGAGCUGGAAUCCAUCAGGAGUUGCCUGCCAUCACCCCCUUGAAACGCCCCUGGA